GUCUGCGGACACGUCACAAUCAUGAUUAGAAUUGAUGAUCGGACGUUCUGAUUUCAUUGUCUCGCAAAGGGGACUGGUGAAGAAAUCUGCUGAAUUCGAGCGUCCGUGUGAUUUUUUUUACAUCAAAGGAAAUAAAAAAAAAGUCACCAGAUCUCAACCCAGUUAAACACUUAUGGGGGAUUUUGGACCGACGUGUUAGAUCCCACUCUCCACCACCAUCGUCAAAGCACCAAAUGAGGGAAUAUCUUUUGGAAGAAUGGUGUUCAUCCCUCCAGUACAGUUCAGAGACUCGUGGAAUCUAUGAUGAGGAGCAUUGAAGAUGUUCUGGGAGCUCAUGACUCCAAAGCACCAUGUCUUCCCACUCGGUUUCAUUGCGACCACAUUACCCAGGAAAGUGCCAUGUCCACUGAGCAGCAUGAGUGCCAUUAGGAUAACACUAUCCUAGACAUUGGGGAGGGCUGCACUUUUGCAUCGGCCAGCAUGGCUGCCCCCUUCCCCUCCAGUGGCAGAAUGGAUGCAUGGCCAGAGAGGCGUGGAAUGCAGACUAUGAACCUGCGGUCAGUGUUCACAGCUGAGCAGCAGAGGAUUCUGGAACGUUACUAUGAGAACGGGAUGACCAACCAGAGCAAGGCCUGCUUCCAGCUAAUACUGCAAUGUGCUCAAGAGACCAAAUUGGACUUCAGUGUGGUCCGGACGUGGGUUGGCAACAAAAGACGCAAGUUGGCUUCUAAGGCGGACCAAAAUGGAGGCACGUCUCAUUCAUUAUCCAGUCAUGGAAUUGCAGGGGGACUUCUGUCCAAUCACACGCUGGCAGGAGGAGCUCUGUCCAAUCAUAGCCUGGCAGGAGGAGCUCUGGUAGCGGGUGCAAUGCUGACUGCUGAAAUGGCUGCAUCUCGGAAUAUCCAGAAUCGUGCCCAUCUUCUCCCUCCAACCUCAUCUUUCCCCUCAUCAUCAUCAUCCUCUUCAUCAUCCUCCUCCUCUCCUUUAGGCAGUGCAAAUAACAACAACAAUGAUGUCAUCCUGACUGGGAUCUACUCUCUGAACCCUGCCACUCGCUCCAGACCCAGACCCAUCCCUCCUCCCCCUCACUCAGACCCCGAACUUUCUGUACAGGCCCACUCGUCAGUUCUGAACCAGUCUCUACAUAGUAGGAACAACUCCAGCUCCUCACCCCUCCAAUCCAAGCUGGCCUCACUUCCUCGCAAGUCACUAUCCCUUACUUCUCCGUCAGGGCCGUUAGGCUACACAACAGCCAGGAAGGGAAGUUUCUCCCUGGCAGAGGAAGUGGUAGGUCCAAGCUCAGUAGCAGGUGUGGUACCUCAUAGCUGGGCUAGACAGUAUGGUACAGUACAAGCCCGCCCUUGGUCCUCAUCCUCCCAAUCUCAAUCCCAGCCCCAGCCCCGGCCACACUCCAAUCCCCAACCUCAACCACCUGCCCAACCAAGGGCUCAGAUCUCCUUACUUGUCCAAAACCCUGGUCCUUCCUCUGACCAGACACCUCGCAUCCAACAGAUCUUCUCCCUUUCAGAAAGAGCUGAGGGGGAGAGACUAAGACCACGACUCAAUAGGAAAGUUCAGGAGAGUCAAAGACCGAUGCCCCACUCUUUGGACACCAGUGGCUACUUCUCCAUUGCUAUGGAAACUGGUGAUGAGGAAGAUGAAUGGCAAAGGGAAGAAGAAUUGGCAAGUAUGGCUGCUCAGACCCAUACCCAUAGGGAGCAGAUGUCAACCAGCCCACUCAGGGUUGACUUAUCUGGGUUGAGAGGAGGCCACACACCACCUAUGACCAUCUCUAGACCAACACCACAACACAGUGACACAGUUCUCCAGGGCAGCUACUCAGUCACAGCACAGACCUCAUUAACAGGGGGAUACAGCUCACAGACGUCAGUCAGCAUGUCGGCUAACCCCUGGCUCCUCAGCAACUCUAGGAAGAGAACACUACAGGACCGGACCCAGUUUAGUGAUGGGGAUCUCGUCCAGCUAAAGCGCUAUUGGGAUCGAGGCAUGACCAGCCUGGGUUCUGUAUGCAGGGAGAAGAUCACUGCUGCUGCCAACCAGCUCAAUGUAGACACUGAAAUAGUCAAGACUUGGAUCAGUAAUCGGCGGAGGAAGUAUCGUCUUAUGGGCAUUGAAAUCCCUCCCCCUAAGGGAGGGCCUGCUGUAUUCACAACAUCGUCCCCAGGAAACGAUUCUCCAUUGGCUCUUAGCCCUGAUGGAGAGGGUCUUAGAACGCCAGAACUCGGAGAUGAUUUGAAUGAUGGAGGAUCUCUCUGCUUGUCUGAAGAUGGCACCAGUGACUUGUACCAGAGAGAGGGAGAAGAUGGAACUGAUUUAUCUGAUACUGCUCCCUUGGCUAAUAAUGUGAAGAUCGAGAUAAUCGAUGAGGAUGAUGACGACGGUGAAAUAGUAGCCUCGGAUAUAGAGCAAAUGCAAAGCUUGCUGGAAUUCAAGCACGAGGAAGUGCGGUUUCUUGAGAGUGAGCUAGAGAACCAAAAACAGAAAUACCAUGAGCUUGAGAGUUUCACCAAGAGCCUGCUCAAUGCUGUGAUGAACAAUGACUUGGAGAAACAGCAGGAACUCAUGGCCAGUCUACCUCAGACUGCAGACCAGGACUGGAAUGGGACUCCAGAGGGAGAAGCCGAGCCUGCUGCCAUGUCAACAGAAAUGUCAUCCAACCACGAUGAAACCUCAACAACAGCUUUGUACAAUGACGAGCCGUCAUUAACCCCAACAAAUGAAGAUUUCCCGCUGGCUACUAUUAACAGUGAUGGUUCAAAAACUGAAGUUGCUGAGCCCUCAGCAUCAGAGGAGGUGCUGGAAGAAGCUGUUAUAGAACAAGAGUAACUGCCUCACAUGCAUAGAGACACAUGCACACGAAUACAGAUAUGCCUACACUCCACAAAGAAACCAGUCAGGCAAGAGUAAGUUCUCAGUUUUAUAAUUCACAUAAACUCGGAUAAACACACAUACACUCCACACAGAGUGCCUGUGGAUUGAUGCUUAACAAUGACUGUUGGAUUGGAAAUGCCUUUUUUUACUGCAUAUCAUUUGCCUCACUCUGGUUUAGUCCCAGAGAGAACA